GCCGAUGACGAGGAUGCCUUGGGCAGUGAGAUAAAGACCCUGCGUGCUCACAGCGGUCCCGUGUACUGCACGGCGUUCCUGACGGACGGCUCCGGCCUGCUGUCCUGUUCGGAGGACUCCACCGUGCGCCUCUGGGACCUGAGCAGCUUCACGAACACCGUCCUGUACCGCGGCCAUGCCUACCCCGUCUGGGACGUGGACGUCAGUCCCUGCAGCCUCUACUUCUCCACGGCGUCCCACGACCGCACCGCGUGCCUCUGGAGCUUCGCACGCACCUAUCCGCUGCGUCUGUAUGCCGGACACCUCUCCGACGUCAACUGUGUCAAAUUCCACCCGAACUCCAACUACGUGGCGACGGGCUCCACGGAUAAAACCGUGCGCCUGUGGAGCACGCAGCAGGGGGCGUCCGUGAGGCUGUUCACCGGGCACCGCGGGCCCGUGCUGUCGCUCGCCUUCUCGCCCAACGGCAAAUACCUGGCCUCGGCCGGAGAGGACCAGAGACUGAAGCUGUGGGAUCUGGCGUCCGGCAGCCUGUUCAAAGACCUGCGGGGUCACAGCGACAGCAUCACCAGUCUCUCUUUCAGUCAGGACAGCAGUCUGGUGGCCUCCGCCUCCAUGGACAACUCAGUGCGGGUCUGGGACAUACGCGGCGCCCACGGCAGCGCCCCCAGCGAUGGCUCCAGCAGCGAGCUAAUCGGACAGUACACAGGCAGCACUAGCAACAUCCUCAAUGUGCAGUUCAUGGCCUGCAACCUGCUGCUGGUGACGGGCACUGCACUGGAGAAACAGGAACAGUGAGAGUGUGCGGGGGUCAGUCUCAACAAAACACACCCGGGUCAUAUUUCACCCCAAAAUCUGAUGAAAUUGUUAGGGUUAAUUCAGGAUAAUUGGCACAUAAUCUCAAUGGCAAAAUGUGUUCCAGUUUAUGUGAAUUCAUCCUAUAAGUAAAGUGAAGCCAUUUAGCACCGUUAUUUUUUUGGUAUGGUGACAUUAUGACAAACUUGUACCUAAGAUCUUAUUAUUACUGUAAUACAAUAA